UUUUCUUUUUUUCUUUUUUUCGGAGCUGGGGACCGAACCCAGGGCCUUGCACUUGCUAGGCAAGCGCUCUACCACUGAGCUAAAUCCCCAACCCCUUGUUGUUUUCUUAUUUGGGAAUCUUUUCUUACAACUCACUCCCAUCCCAUUUUCAGUUCUAAGGAAUCUAUUAGUAAAUGAAUUGAAAUUUUUAAAUUUAUUAUUGCAUUCAUACAAGACAACUUUGUGGAAAUGGCUCUCUCCUACCUACGUUCUAAGAAUAUUCUCAUCUUGCUGCUCCGAAUAAACCAAAUUUGUUUUAGAUCUAGACUCCACGUUAGUUCCGUCUUAUACCUUCAGUUCAGGCCUGCUUUGCUGCUUCAAAAAUAUUUAGCAAGAUUAUAUCAAUGGGCACGCUAGCCAAGGGUACAAUCCAAUGUCCAGGCUAGUUCAUUUCCGAUUGUUUCCCUUAGAUAUGAUCGCGUGUCAUGUUGCUCUGUGUGUGACACAUUACUCACUAAAAACUGUGGAACCUGCUAAGAUCCCAACUUCUGGUCCCCAGAAAGGAGUAACCCAUAUCACCUCAUUGCUCAGGAUCCUCUGGGAUCCGCAGCAGGGCUUCUAUCCCCACCAGAUCUGGCUAUUAAGGCAGUUUACCAUGCUCCAAUAAUCCCUCUUUUCGGGAGGGAUCCCUUUUCUCUAGAGGAUGAUGUGGUUUAGGGUAUACAGACCUGGUUGACCUGCCUCCUAGAAUGCCCUGCCCAGCAGGUUUCUACAUGGGAAAGGGUAGCCUCCAAGUUUCGACACGGAGAGGGUCUGUGCAGAACCAAGCCCCGCUACAAAAGGGACGCCUCUUUGCAGCAAACCCUGCACCAGCCUAGGAAGCCAAGAGCCAGGCACUGCAGCUACUGCUUCUGCGCAGGCGCGGAGGGCAGCGGUCAGCUCCGGAGGCCUGAAGCCCGAGGGUCCAUUGCUCUGGAAGACGAUCUGGUCUGCAGAAGCAUCGCUCGACCUCCCUCGGGUCCCCAAGCCCUCCCGGAAUCCACCAGCCCGUCCUCUCAACGUUUCUUUUUGGCCUUGUCGCCCACCUCCAGCGUAAGAGGCGGUAAGCGCACGCGUAUUGGAGCCAUUCCACCCAAGACCCGCGCCUUGAUGCCCUCCGGCCUCCGUACCGCAGCAGCGUCUCCGUGGUGACCGUGUAUGCCGCGUAGCUCGCUCGUUUGUUAGGCGGUGCCUGAGCCUCUCGGAGGCGGGGCAGCCGACGUUUUAGGGCGGAGUCUCAGGUGACUCCAUACCAAGAAGGAUGAGCAGUGGCCACUGGAAGGCAUCAAAUGGAGGACACCAGCCCACAAGCAGUGGCCGAGAAGGCUGCUAAAGAUCCCAAGGAUGCUGCUGCCACCGCCAAGAGCCUCCCUGAUUCCUUUUCCAGAGACAAUGAUCAAGUGGAUUUUGAAGGGGUCAUCUAUUCUUCCUCACCAAUUUUAGACCUGAGUCAAAAAGGCCUGCGCCAUUUGGGAAAGUUCUUUAAAAUUCCCAACCUUCAACAAUUACACCUGCAGAGGAAUUUGCUCAGCGAGAUUCCACAGGAUUUCUUCCAGCUGCUGCCCAACCUGACAUGGCUGGACCUCCGUUACAACAAGAUCAGGGUUCUUCCACCUGGGAUUGGCUCUCACAAACAUUUGAAAACUUUGCUUUUAGAAAGAAAUCCUAUCAAAGCGUUACCUGUUGAGCUAGGGCAGGUCACUACAUUGACGGCACUGAACCUGAGACAUUGCCCUCUGGAAUUCCCUCCUUACCUGAUUGUGCAGAAAGGCUUGGUAUCCAUCCUCACCUUCCUCCGCAUCUGCUCAGUGGAGAAUGCCUUCCCUGGAGAUGAGUCGCUUCCAGGAGUCCCAACAGCUAAGAGCGACCUUCUGCUCCCUCUGCCCCAUAAAGACUUGUCCAGUGAGAACGGGCUUAAUGUCCUGGACCAGGAGGCAGCAGUGGUGAAGGAGAAAGGUGACUUCUUCCCACCUAUGGACAGGCUGGACCUGAGUGAGCUCCGCAAAUCCAGUUCCUCCUCUGAGAUCUGGCCCAGUAAGGAGGAGAUCAGGCGCUUCUGGAAGCUGAGGCAGGAGAUUGUGGAAAAUGAGCAGGUGGAGGUCCAAGAGAACAAGCUCUUGGCUGUUGAGCUGCCACCAAAUCUCAAGGCAGCAAUAAAUGCCAAGGAAAGAAAGUGCAGGAAGCCAUGGCCCACACUCAGAAAGAGGUCUACCUCCUUCAGAGGCAUCUUGCCCAACCUCUCUUCAACAUACCAAAACACAGUUCAUACGAAGAGGAUGGAUGACACUCACAAGAUGGCGUUUCAGGAGCUCCAGGAGAAGGAGAGAAUGCUAGAGCAGCAGAGAAGAGACAAGAGAGCUCUGCAGGACUGGAGAGAGCAGACCCAGCUGAUGAGGCACAGGAGGGAGUUCAGUAAAUUCCAACCUCUACAUAGGAAUACGAUGGCAUCGAAGAUUCCCUUUGCCACAGAUCUGACAGACUAUGAGAAAAUGCCAGCGAGUCCAUUUGGGAAAGUAAAGCCCAGAAGAGAGGGGAUAGCACAAAAGCGUAUAGAAAUAAGCACCUCACCAUUGGCAGAGCUGGAGGACAAGAUAAGGCGGCACACACAGCAGAUCCGUGCUCGCAGUUUCCUGGGUACCAACCCAACGCAAGACAUUAAGACGGCCAACCAGGACCUGGAAACCACUAAGAAACUUCAGGAGGAGUUAAGGAGACUGAAACUGGAGAUGACCUUGAACAAAGACCAUUCUUUUCCCCCUUUCACUGGAAACCUUUCACUUCACCCACCAGCAUCACGGCCUCAGAAUAUAUUUUUUAACACAAAAUACUAGGAAAGUGGUGUUGUCAGCAGGGAUGACAAGUACCUCCCACAGCGGUGUGGGGACUGGCUGGGACAGCGACUAGUGGGUCUUCAGCUGCUCCACAGGCUGCGGCUUUUAAUAGACUUGACUCCUUUCUGAGGCUAUACAAGGUUUAGCUGCAUUAAAAGGAAGAAUCCUGUAAGCAAGCCAAA